UUCCUAAAAGUUGAGACAAAGAUAUCAAAGAAAUCUAAACAUGACGAGCUGUAUCAACCUCAAAAUAUGGCUUCUCAACUUGACUAUCUUUACCAUGUUUGCUAUCACCUAUGGUGGGAGACAUUUGUUAACUCAAAAUCCUGAGUUUCAAGUGAAAGCAGUUAAUCUAGGUGGUUGGCUGGUUACUGAAGGUUGGAUGAAACCUUCUCUGUUCGAUGGAAUUCCAAAUAAGGACUUAUUGGAUGGAACUGGUCUUCAGUUCAAGUCUGUUACGACAGGGAAGUAUCUCUGUGCAGAGUCAGGUGGAGGAACAAUCCUUGUUGCAAAUCGCUCAACCGCUUCGGGUUGGGAAACAUUUUCAUUGUGGAGGAUAAAUGAGAAUGCUUUCAGAUUCAGGGUGUUUAACAAACAGUUUGUGGGGUUAAAUGGGAUUAACGCAGUUGCUUUGACCAACACUCCCACUGAUUCUGCAACUUUUGAUGUCAUUAAGGAAAGUGACAGUUCAAACCGUGUUCGAAUCAAAGCAUCAAAUGGAUACUACUUGCAGGCAAAAACAGAGGUGCUGGUGACUGCUGAUGUAUCACAUGUUAGCGGAUGGCGUGAAGAUGACCCAACAGUUUUUGAAAUGAGAAUCACUGGAGGGUUGAAAGGAGAAUUCCAACUCACAAAUGGUUAUGGGCCCAUAAAAGCACCACAAAUAAUGAAGGAACAUUGGAGCACUUUUAUUGUAGAAGAGGAUUUCAAGUUCAUAGCAAAUAACGGAUUAAAUGCUGUUAGAAUUCCUGUUGGUUGGUGGAUAGCAAGUGAUCCAAGUCCACCACGGCCUUAUGUUGAGGGUUCCUUGAACACACUAGACAAUGCCUUCUUGUGGGCAGAGAAAUAUGGAUUGAAAAUCAUCAUAGAUCUUCAUGCUGCACCUGGUUCUCAAAAUGGCGAUGAGCACAGCUCUUCAAGAGAUGGUUCACUAGAAUGGGGACAAUCAGAUGAAACCAUCCAACAAACAGUUCAAGUUAUAGACUUCCUGACUGCCAGAUAUACAAAAAGCCCAAGCCUUUAUGCAGUUGCUCUUUUAAAUGAGCCUCGCUCACCCGGUGCCACUCUAGAGAGCCUAAACAAGUACUACAAGGCUGGAUAUGAAGCAGUACGCAAACACUCCUCCAAAGCUUAUGUUGUGUUUUCAAAUAGGUUAAGUUCCCCAGACCCUAGAGAAUUCUUCAAUGUUGCCAAUGGCCUUACGCGAACUGUGAUAGAUGUUCACUACUACAACGCUUUUGGAGAUUUUUUUAAAAGCAUGACUGCCCAACAAAACAUUGAUUACAUUUACAACGAUCGUAAAGCAGAGUUAAAUUAUCUUACAACUUCAAACGGUCCUCUAGUUUUGGUUGGUGAAUGGGUUGCUGAAUGGCAACUCCAGGGAGCUACCAAAGAAGACUACCAAAGAUUCGCCAAGGCCCAGUUAGAUGUUUAUGGGCAAGCAACAUUUGGAUGGGCUUAUUGGAGUUAUAAAAAUUCCGUCAAUCACUGGAGUAUGGAGUGGAUGAUCAAAAAUGGUUAUAUCAAGUUUUAGAAAGUUGUUUACCAAAAACAAAUUAGACAGUUUGUGAUCCUCAAAUAAAAAGGAAAUUUACAAAGUUUUUUUUUAUCUUUUGUGUAAUCUUUUGACUAAUAAAUAAACCAGCCUAACAACAACAAAGGCAAAUGUAAUAAGUCAGUUAUUAGAUCUUUUAUUCAGUUAGUA